CAUCAAGGCAGUCCUCACGCGUGUCGCUAACUCGCGAUGGGGGCCCUUGGAAACUCGGCGGAGCUGGAGUCGGAGCUGAUCAAGCGGAACCGGGAGAUCGCCAAGGUGCGGGAUGACUUGAUCAAGCAAGAGAGGCGCCUGCAGGAGGCGCGGCUCCGCAACGACGACCUGCUGGAGCGCCUCGCGGUGCUGGAUGCCGAGGUAACAACUAAGACAGGGCAAGUGAAGGACUCCGAGCAGAAGGUGGCAGACCUGCAGGAGCGUCUGGAGACACAAAGUUCGGACCUGCAGAAAGCGCAGGAGGAGCUGGCGGCGCAAGGGGCGAAGUUUCAGGCGGACUUGGCCGCCCAGAAGUUGAAGUGGCAGGAGGAGGCGGCCGAUGAGAAGGGGAUGCGCUCAGAAUUGGAGAAGCUUCAGGCGGAGCUACAAAGAGAGCUCACCGAAGAGCAGCAGCAACACUCCGACUGCCAGGCCAAGCUGGGGCAGAGCCAGUUGCAGCUUCAGGAGAGCCAACAGCUACACCUCGACUUGGCGGAGAAGCUGAGGACGCAGGAGAAGCACUCACAAGAGAAAGCGCAAGAGCUAGAGCAGGAGAGGGCUAAGACAUCUUCGACAUCUGAGGAGGUUUCCAGGCUGUCUGCUCUUCUGGAGGAAACUCAGCGGCUUCACCGAGACUUGGAAGAGAAGCUGAGGAUGCAGGAGAAGCACUCGGCAGAGAAAGAGCAAGAGCUGGAGCAGGAAAGAGCCAAGACAUCUUCGAGCUCGCAGGAGGUCUCGCAGCUUUCGGCUCGUGUGGAGGAGAUUCAAGGGCUUCACCGAGAAUUGGAGGAGAAGUUCAGGAUGCAGGAGAAGGACACGGAAGACAAAGUCCAAGAGCUGGAGCAGGAAAGGGCCAAGACAUCUUCGACUUCCGACGAGAUCUCCAGGCUGUCGGCCCUUUUGGAGGAGACUCAAGGGCUUCACCGAGACUUGGAGGAGAAGCUGUCGUUUCAGGCGAAGCAGUCAGAUGACAAGGUUCAAGAGCUGGAGCUGGAGGUGUCCAGACUGUUUGCUCGCCUGGAGGUCCAUGAUCGCGGAAGGGAACAACAUCUACUAGUGUCUGGAGAGGAGACCCAAGAGCUUCACCGAGACUUGGAGGAGAAGCUGAAGAUGCAGGAGAAGCACUCGGAAGAGAAAGUCCAAGAGCUGGAGCAGGAAAGAGCCAAGACAUCCUCGACUUCCGAGGAGGUUUCCCGCCUUACUGCUUCUCUGGAGGAGAGCCGAGCGCUUCAUCGGGACUUGGAGGAGAAGCUGAGGAGUCAGGAGAAGCACUCGGAAGAGAAAGUCCAAGAGCUGGAGCAGGAAAGAGCCAAGACAUCCUCGACUUCCGAAGAUGUUUCCCGCCUUACUGCUUCUCUGGAGGAGUGCCGAGCGCUUCAUCGGGACUUGGAGGAGAAGCUGAGGAGUCAGGAGAAGCACUCGGAAGAGAAAGUCCAAGAGCUGGAGCAGGAAAGAGCCAAGACAUCCUCGACUUCCGAAGAGGUUUCGCGGCUGACUGCUUUUCUGGAGGAGAGCCGAGCGCUUCAUCGGGACUUGGAGGAGAAGCUGAGGAGUCAGGAGAAGCACUCGGAGGGGAAAAUCCAGGAGCUGGAGCAGGAAAGAGCCAAGACAUCCUCGACUUCCGAGGAGGUUUCCCGCGUUACUGCUUUGCUGGAGGAGAGCCGAGCGCUUCAUCGCGACUUGGAGGAGAAGCUAAGGACACAGGAGAAGCACUUGGAAGAGAGAGUCCAGGAGCUGGAGCAGGAAAGAGCCAAGACAUCUUCGUCUUCUGAGGAGGUGUCCCGGCUGUCUGCUUCCCUGGAGGAGAGUCAAAGGCUCCAACGAGACAUGGAAGAGAAGCUGAACACGCAGGCGCUUUUGCGCGCAGAGGCUCAGCUCUCGGAGGAGAAGACCCGGAUGUUGGAGGAGGCCCUCGUGGCGGAGAAAGCCGCGCAGGAGGCCCAGGCGGGGACAUUUGAGCGCGUGGCGGAGCUGGAGGAGCGCUUGACAGGCGAGCGGCAGCUCUUGCUCGAGGCCGGCGAGGCCCUUCAGAAGAGCAAAGCUGCCUCGGAGAUGCUGCAGAGUCAGUGCACCGAGCUGCGGACCCGUCUCAGCGCGGAGGAGGAGCGUGCAGCCGCCGAGCUGCGCGAGGCAGAGCGAUGGCAGCAGAUCUGCAACGACGCGCAAGAGGAGAUGGAGAAGUUGGCGCAGGCGCAGCGCUUGGAGAGCGAAGGUCUUCAGAAGCUGCUGGGGGCAGAGCAGCAAACGGCCCAAGCCGCCCUGGAGGCGGUCCAGAGGAGACUGGAGGAGAAGGAGACGGAAAUGCAGAUGAAGGAGGCUGCUGCCCAGCAUGUGCAGGCUGGCCUCCAGGAGCAGCUCGAGAACGCCCAGCUCUCCCUGGUGAAGCUUCAGGACCAGAGCGUCGAGGCGCGCCGAGAACGCGAGUCCUUCGUGGUGGAGCGGCGGUCCCUGGAGGCACUGGAGGAAGAGCUACGACGCAGUGGGAUGGACACCCGGAACCAGCUCGACCAGGCGCUGGCUCAGCUGGCCAGACGCGAGGCGCAGGUGCAGGAGUUGCAGAGCAGCAAGGAACAUUUGCAGCAGCUGAAGGUGAAGCUGGAAGAUGCUCAGCAGAUGCACUUCGCGGAGUUGGAGGAGAAGCGGCAGCUCGAAGAAGGGCUCAAGCAGGGGAGGCGUCAUGCGGAGGCAGAGCUGCAGCGAGUGCAGGAGGACUUGUCACAUUGCCACGAGCAGCUGCAGGCGCAGCGACUGGUGGAACAGGCUGUGGAGGCCAAAGAUGCCGCCCUAGAUGAGGUCAAGAGCCGUGUCAGGCAGCUAGAGCAGGAGGCCAAGAUGCAGAUGGCCGUGGUGGAGCAACAGCAGGUGACCAUCACCGAGCAGAAGGCGCAGCUGACGGACCUCUCCAGGCAGCUGGACGCGAGCGCCAGGGAGACUGUCGAUGCGAGCGAGGCACCUGACGAGUCGCGCCUGCGCGAGGGCCUGAGAAUGGCCAUUGAAGAGCUCGACACCCGACAGGUGCAGUUCUGCUUGGAGAAGCAGCGGCUCACGGGGGCCUUGGAGGAGUCCCGGCGCGCGGUACUGCAGGGGUGGGCCGCAGCGGCUCCUCAGGCCUCAGCCUUCGACAGUGCGCGGGUGGCAGGUUUGGAGCAGCAGCUGGCGAUGGAACGCCAGCGCUGUAUCGACCAGGCGGUGGAUCUGCAGCGCCUGGAGCGCGAGCUCACGGAGCAGUUGGAGGCCAAGGCCCGCGCAGAGGAGAUGAAGCAGAUCUACCAGCAGCAGGCACGCCGUGUGGAGGAGCGUGCGUACAACCUUAGCGAGGACCUGCGGCGCAGCAAGCAGCACGACAGCGAGGUCGGGGAAUGCGCCGCGAUGGCGCUCGAGGAGCUCUUGACUUGCAAGUUCGAGUCCAAGUAUGAGACCAUCCGCUUGCGCGCGGCCCUGGAUGAGCUCCGGUCCAUGCUGCAGAAGGAGAGGCUAUCCACCUACGGCGGAUAUGGCUACCCCCGAGUGAGCAGCUAGUUGACUCGCUGAGUUUGCCACGUUGAACAACAGCGCUGCAACC